UUUUUAGCAGUACUAAUCUACUCCUACUUAGAAGCGUUUUUCAAGCUUUUUAUUCCCGUGAAGAGAAAAUCAGUCUCUGGAGAGCUUGUGCUGAUUACAGGUGCUGGCCAUGGAAUAGGGAGAGCGACUGCCUGUGAGUUUGCCAAGCGUCAGAGCCGAUUGAUUCUGUGGGACAUCAACAAGCAUGGCAUUGAGAGCACAGCAGAGGAAUGCAGAAGGCUGGGUGCCACUGUGCACACUUUUGUGGUGGACUGCAGUAAAAAGGAGGAAAUCUACAGUACUGCAGAAAAGGUGAAAAAGGACAUUGGAGAUGUCUCCAUCUUGGUGAAUAAUGCUGGUGUGAUUACAACUGCAGACCUGCUCUCAACUCGGGAUGGAGAAAUUGAAAAAAUGUUUGAAGUGAACAUUCUCGCUCAUUUCUGGACAACAAAAGCUUUUCUGCCAGCAAUGAUGGACAACAAUUAUGGUCAUAUCGUCACAGUGGCUUCUGCAGCAGGUCAUGGUGUAACUUCUUUCAUGCUGGCUUACUGUUCCAGCAAGUUUGCUGCAGUUGGAUUUCAUAAAGCUCUAACAGAAGAGCUGUCUACAUUGGGAAAGGAUGGAAUAAAAACAUCUUGUCUUUGUCCAGUUUUUGUAAACACUGGCUUCGUGAAAAAUCCAAGCUCAAGGCUUGGAAAGAUUUUGGAAAUUGAAGAAGUUGUAAACACACUGAUGGAGGGAAUACUGACCAAUAAGAAAAUGAUUUUUGUUCCUCCAAAUCUAAAUAUUGCAUUAUUCUGUGGAAAGUUGAUUCCAGAACGUGCUUUGAAAGUUCUGAAAAAAAUGGAUUCUCUAACAUUUGAUACGGUUAUUAGAAAAAAAUACUGA